AUGGCGCGGGCAACCCCGCCUACCCUUGAAAGCCUCCCAGACGAAGUUCUGCACAGCAUCCUUUGCUACUCACCCGCAAGGACAGCACUAGCCCUGGAGCGCACAUCUCGCCGUUUCAAAAGCGCAACAAACGUCCCUCUCCUCUGGCGCCUGCACUGCCAGAACGAUUUCAAAUUUUGGGACCAGCGACAUGAGCUCGCGCGACGAUUGGUUGAGCCUGUCGGCUCCGUGGACUGGAAGGCGCUCUACGCGCUUCGGCGCCGGAUUGAUAUCAGCACAACGCAGAUUCUGGAUAGCAUUGUUAAAAACCAGACAGGGAGGAUUGAAAAGACGCAUCACAUCGUGGAGUUUGGGUAUGAUGCGAAGGACACGUUGUUGCGGCAUGCGAGGGCUGGGGAGGAGUGGGAAGAUCAUUUAGCAAGACGGUGGGAUUUAAAUACAUUUCCUCCCCUUUCCCCCUUUCCCCCUUCCCUCCUUCUCAGAACCUGGUUAUUUACGGAGAAGGGUAUUGAUCUGGGUUGCAUAAAUAGAUACCAUAGCAACGCUAUUCUCGGUUGUCUUCAUCGGACAAUGGCCAUACCGGUAUGGAAUAGACUGAGAAAUAAUGAAGAUGUCUCGCUGGAGCGCGCUCUGGGGGCGUUUGACAUGUUCGUUUUGGAAGAUGGACCGGGGGAUUUUAACGAUAUCUCAGAUUGUCUUGAGAGUAUCGUAACUCAGUUGUCGACUGAAUGUUUGGAGAUCAUGGAGCUAAGCCCACGGAAUAGAGCGACAAGGAUAGCUAAGUAUCUACGGGAGCAUGAUCUCACGGGUAUCGACUCAAGCCGAGAGUAUUACAACAUCGAGCACAACUUUAUAGGUUUGGCGUUAAGGAAUCCCGGUCAUAAUUCUUUACCUCUCAUUUCUUCAGCUAUAUACUGUUACGUUGCACGGCGAUUUGAUCUUGAUGCUCAUCCGUGUGGAUUUCCAUUCCAUGUACAUGUGAUAAUUCACCCUGCUGAUGGCCACGAUAUGGAUGGCAACCUGCUCGAGGAUCCAGGCCAGCCUGGUGAUCCCAUGUACAUGGACCCGUUCCGCUCAACGGAUGAAACGCGGGUAACUGAACUCCAGGAACAACUGAGCUUCCUGGGGGCCUUGACGCUGUCGCGGUCGACGUUUUUACGCGAAUCCCUGGUGCAGAAUAUAGUGCUUCGCUGCAGCAAGAAUAUUAUAAACUCAGUCUUUCAAACCCCGCGCAUUCGCGACACCUGCCUUGACUCCGCCAGCGUGAAGUACGCCGCACUUUGGUCCUCCAUUCUUUUCGCGGAAUAUGCAAACCACGACGCCCAGUCACCGGGCGUUUUACCACCGCGGGAGGCUGGCCAUGCUCCCAUGCGACGGCAUCUGCCAUCGUUGAUGGAUAACGUUGCUUCCGAUUUUCAAUCGGAUGUUUACCUCAUCGAGGAGUACUUGAUACCGCUGUUUGCGGAUCUACCGGAGUAUGCUCCGCUGCAAGAGAGUGUCCGCGUUCUGCGUGCCGGUGAUGAGAUCCCGAAACAGGUACGGAGACGCACUCCAGAGCAUAAGAAUAUAAAAUAUAAGAUCGGGCAGGUGUUCCGACAUCGUCGUUACGACUAUGUUGCUGUUAUAACUGGCUGGGACGCCGAGUGCGGAGCUGGAGAGCAGUGGAUGCAAAGGAUGGGAAUCGAUCGGUUACGGGCUGGCAGACACCAAAGUUUCUACCAUGUUCUAAAUUUCUGA